UGCAGCCACUUCGAUUCCAUUAAACGACGGUCCAUCACUUCUACCUCAGGAGCCAGGAGGGUUCUGCUGGCAGUGAAUUCAAAAACAUACCAGGCUCCCUCCAAAUCGCCAAACACAUAUUUCCAUUUACACCCUUCAUAAUCCCCCGUAUUUUCAUACUCCUUCAUUUGGAUCAUUUCCCUCUUUCUUGCACAAAUUCAAUUUUUCUGAAGAGAGAAACACAAGAUUAGGGUUUCUAGAAAGAGAAAAGGAAAGAAAAUUUCUAGGGUUUUAGGUCAUGGAGGGUAUUCUGGUUCUUGAUUCAGAAAACAUCAACGUCGCAGGGGUUUAAUCGAUGUUAGAAUUGCGAAAUCUGCCGCUGAUUAGGGUUUUUAGGGUUAAAAAGUUGAAGGAAGUGUGCGUCUCGGUUUGAUUUCUGAGAAAAACUGUAAUGAUUCAAAUCAGAGCUACCAAUUUGCGUGAAUUUGCUGAAAUCGCGUGAUUGAGGAAAUUGGGAAUGUGUCAGGUAACAAAAUAAAGGGAGAGAAACUGGGAGAAGGGUCCAUGGUUGGAAUUGCGCCAAGGAGAACGCUCGCUGACAUUAGCAAUUUUCCUGUAUCAAGGAAAACGCUCGCUGAAGGUAGCAGUUUGUUGCAGCGAAACCAAGAUGGGAAAUCACAAUCUGUUCUAGUCGGUAAAGAUUACAUUGAGAAGCUCCAACGGGAAAUCAUGACAUUGACAAAGAUUGUCGUGGAUAGGAAUAAAAUUAUCGAGUUGAGUGCUAUUGAGUUGCAGAAGCUGAGAAUCAGAUUUCAGCAGUUACAGCAACAGAAUCAGCAACUUGCACAAACAAACAGCCAGAUGUUGGCGGAACUAAAUGCAGGCAAAGAUAAGCUUAAGGUAUUUCAACAUGAGCUGGGAUGUAAGAAUGGCUUGCUUGAUGCCAUAAAUUUGGAGCUGAAGGAGAAAGCAAAGAAAGUUAGAUGCCGGAUUAAGAGAAAUGAGGUUGAAACUAUCAAAGGUGAUGGGGCUGCACAACUCUCUCAACCAGAGGAGGAGAAUAAACCAUGUAACCCAAAAAGGAAACGCCAGUCAAAAGUUCAAUCUUUGGAAACUCGUCCUGUUCAACCACAAACUAAAGAGAAUGCUGACAAGAAGAGUAUUUCUCAUGACAGUGUUUGUUUGAGAAGGCAAUCUGCUAGGUUUAAGUCUGGAGAAGAAGAGCCUACUGAAAACAACGUUGAUACAAAGAGUUCUCCUUACAGCUUUUGUUUGGGAAGGCACUCUGCUAGGUUCAAGUCUGAAGAACAACUCAAUGAAAAGAACGAUGAAAAAAGGAGCAGGAUCUGUAGAAGAAAGCAACCCAUUAGGAUUAAGUCUGAGGCACAAAUAGAAGAACCAACUGAAGAUUUGUUUCAGACUGAUGAUGCUAAAUUUCAUGUUCCUGCAAUACAUGGUGAUCCAGUUCAUGAAAGCUGUCCAACAUUAUCAGCUCCAUCUGUAAAAAUCGAAUCUGAAACAGGGAACAGUGCUCUCAUAUUUGAAACUCAAGAACCACGAAGGACAUCCCUUCGGCCAUCACGUCGAGCAGCUGAGAAAGUCCAGUCCUACAAGGAAAUUCCACUCAAUGUGAAAAUGCGAAGAAGCAUUAACACACGUUAUCUAGUUUUCUUAUUGGCUCGAGUACAGGUUUAUUUUGCGAAGUUGAAAAGCAUAUUAUAAUCAGAAUAACUAGUUAUGAUUGGCGUUCUGGACAGGUUAAGAUAUAAUCAUAUCAGUACGUGACUAUGUGCUGUACAGAAAUCAUAUUUCUGUAGUUUCUUUCUUUCCUGAUGUCCAUGGAUUCAUGACCUAUGUAUCUAACGUUAUUCGAUCAUUAUUGGGGUACAAACUGGUACCAUUUGACA